AUGUCGAUAUUCAAAGAGCUUCGGCGGCGGUCCAAGGCCAGCUUCCAAACGACCACCACAACCGACUCUCAAUCCAACGGCAAUGCGCCCAGCGGUCAGUCCUCCUCGACAAUAGGAACUAUAGACAGUUCGACAACGCCACCCUCUUCGAUCAAACCAUCUUUGUCCUCUCCUAAUCUCAGUACCCUCAACGAGGCAGUAGAUGGGUCCGCGGUGCCGCCAGUGCCGUCGCCGCUCCCACAACGUCCCGUACCGAUAACCUCCCAAUCCAACCGACACAGUUACUAUUCGACUAACGGCUCGCCCGCAAAUGGCUCUAUUCGGACACCCGUUGCAUCCUCGCCAUAUGCCCCACGCAUCAUUUCCGUGUCGGAUAAUUCAUGGGUACAUCAGAAGGUAUUGUUAGUAUCCGGCUACAUAGGCGACCCACGGCAGCGUCCAAUAGACGGAACCGUCACUCUACAUCACAACCAUGAUGGCUUCCCGGCGACGACUUGGCCCGUUUCCGAUUCACAUUUCAAGGCCCUUGUUCAUUUGGUGCCGGGACCAAAUCGACUUCGAUUCGAUUUUAGUUCCCCAAAACUAUCCUCCAGCUCAAGCUCCGGCCACUCAUCCUGGCAUAGCAUCAAUUACCUUCCUUUGACAAAUUCUCCACCUCUCGACUUGGUCAUACUCCUUGGAAAGGAUUCUCCGGGGACAUUUGACUCGACACCUGAACGAAUCCAAAGCGAGGGCAAUGAUCUCGAUGUGGCCAUUAAGAAAUAUCGAAUGGCUGCGUACUUGUGGCAAGCAUAUACCGGCGAACAAAUGUUUAGGAAUAGCUUCGGUAGGAGAUGUUUUAGGUUGGAAGAAGAAUGGCAAACGGGUACUUUAAGCCAACGGGACACUUCUACGGGGCAGAUCAGAAAUGAAGCCAAAGUACAUAUUGUGCGAACCGAAAAGACUGUGGCCGAGUUACGGGACUUGAAUAUAGCUCAGCAAUACAGACCCGCGACGAAGAAAGACGAACUGUUUAACAUCGCAAAAGAAGCCGUGACGGCGUACUUUCGGCCACAUCCUGAGCAGAAUCGUUAUGUUUCGGUUUUGCUGCUUGAUUCACAUUGGGACACCGCAUCCCAGGUGAUUACCGCACACGCCGCUCUAGGUUCCGAUGGUGGUAACAUAAAGAUGGCAAUAUUCGGUUCUCACAGCCUUCACAGCUAUCCCUCGUGUUUGGAGGAGGUGGCUUCCGUAUUCUCUGACUGUACAGAAACGGACACUAAAUAUGUCGCGAACGAUUGUGGAGAAGCGGGGAGUAACUGGGAGGCAGCAAAUAUUGGCAUUGGCGCCCAUUUGCAUGAAGUCGGUCACCUGUUUGGUAAUCCACACCGAGAGUCUGGUAUCAUGCUACGCGAUUAUACCCGUUUGAAUCGAACCUUCGUCACUCGCGAGCCAUAUUCGACUCGAACUAAAUCCCACGGCCUCAAAUUAUGCUUGCCAGCCGAUGAAUGCUCAUGGCAUCGCCUCGAUGCGCUUAGAUUUAGAUUUCAUCCUUGCUUCCGUCUACCAAGCGACCCUCCCAGUCAUCUGGAUGACAGUAUUCAGGCUUGGCCAGUGGAAAAUGGGAAAAUAUUGCUCACGGCGGCAUCGGGUGUGGCUUACUUGGAGCUUUAUACGGAAGGCGAUGAUCUCUGUCGCCAUCAUCUCGAGUUCAUCAACAACGAAUCUCCGAACAGCGGCAUACCGAAACAAGUGGCUAUCACCGAAACUGAAUUGCGAAAUCUCCUUCCGCCUGACCAGCAAAAGAGAAAAAUUCGGGUUGAGAUAUUUUCAGGCAAUCUUGGAACAUAUACAAUAGAUGAUUUGGGCGUUUUCAAGUCGAAAAAGUCAAUCGUCAAGCUUCCUAAGGGUCAAAUGGGCUUCCGGAGUAGCAAACUCGGGGCUUCACAAUUGGAAGGCAGCGAACCUCAGGAGAUUAUCCUGGAUAGCGUUUUCAUUCAGAAGAAGUUGUUGACAUCCAUCAAGGUAUAUCACGGCUAUGCUCUUGAUGGACUUGAAUUCUGUUAUGAAGAUGCAACCAGUCAAUUGUUCGGCAAGCGCGGGGGUAAGCCCGGUGGUGAUGAAUUUGUUUUUGACACACGACGAGGAGAGCAUUUACUAGGCUUUUAUGUCCGAGCUGGUCUUUGGAUUGAUGGCAUUGAAAUUAUUACGAGUUUUGGAAGAAAAUCGGGGGUAUACGGGAACGCCACAGGCGGAUCUGGACAUGCUUUGAUACCUCCUCGGGGCUAUAGCAUCGCCGGGGUUUCUGGAUCUUGCGGUCCAUGGGUUGAUGGGUUUUCGUUGGUCAUCACACGGUAA